CAAUUCACAUUGUAAACGACUGCUGAAUGUGCUGGAAGUGAAUCAAUUGGCUCUAUAUAAGAGAAUGCGUGAUAUAAUCAUCUUUGUGCUGUGCCUGCAGUUCAUCAGAUCAUUGCAGGGUCAAAUAUUACCAAAGGAUAUACCAAAAUGCCGCUUCGGUGACUCGGAGUGCAUUGUGGACUCAAUGAACAAGAUAAUACGACGCUAUCCGAGGGGAAUACCCGCAUUGGGCAUGAAGCCCAUCGAUGUGGUGGAUAUUCGCAACUCAAAGUUCUGGGACAAUCCGAAAGUGGGCGCCUUCUGGCUGCAGUUCAAUCUCUUCGAUCAGGUGAACUAUGGCUUUGAGAACACAACGAUCACAAAGGUCAAGGGCUUCACCAAGAAUCCCACAACCAGUCUGAUGGAAAUACACGGCCGGAUACCGAGUCUCAUCCACAAGGGUCGCUACAUGUCUCAGGGUCGUGUAUGGAUUGUGGAAUUAAACUCCACGGGCGAACAGCUGUCGGAUUUUCAGAAUUUUCGAUUCGUACUCAAGCUAAAGGUGAUCAUGGAGUAUCGGAAUAAUAAGAGAUAUUUGAAGAUAUACCAACUGAAUCCCAUUGUCAAUAUGGAUCGUUGGGUCUUCUGGCUGGAUAAUUUCUUUGAGGAGAACACAGACAUGACGAUUGCCAUUAAUCAGGUUUUCAAUCAGCAUUGGGUGGAAUUCUGGAACGAGUUGGAGCCCACAAAUUUGCGGAUAUUUGCGAGUGUUUUUCGUGAUUUAAUUGAGGAUAUUCUGCACAAAGUAUCCUAUGAUGACAUGUUCCUACCGGAUGGCAUAGAGACUCGCGUGAACGAUUAAAAUCGAAUUAACACUCACACACA